UUAUUUUGAUUCUGAUCUACCUACUUCUAUUAUUUAACAUAAAUAAAAACACAAAUAAACAAUUAUAAACCCACCCGCAUCUAACAAAAAUAAUGGAAAAGCAAAAACGUGAGAGAAACGCGAAUUUUUCCGAAGAAGAAACGGAUCUAUUGGUAACUUUAGCGGUGGCUAAGAAACACAUAAUAGAAUGUAAAAAAAGCGAUUCUAGUACUUGGAAAGCGAAAGAACAAGCUUGGAAGGAUAUAGAAAAGAGUUUUAAUCGGUCUACAGACUGGGUUUAUAGAGAUCAUAAGCAUUUAAAGCAUAAAUAUGAGGGUUUGAAACGCGAUGCGCGCCGUAAGAGUAUGUAUCUUGCUUUAGAUUAUAAAAAUGGAGAUGUAUUUAGAAAGUCGUCAAGGCCUGUGUUAACGGCAGCUGAAAAGAAAAUUAAAGAAAUUAUAUUACAGUCGACUGAUGCUGAGGGUGUUGAGUCGGAUUUGAUAUCGCCUGAAAUUGAAAUACAAGAAGGCCAAAGCGAAACGAUGACAGAAGAUAAAAUAGAAUUAGAAGAUUUACAACGGAGAAUUUUAACGGAAGAAUUGGAACAGAAACUUAUACAACGACAGAUACUAGAGAAAGAGUUGCAACAUAAAGAAAUAAUACAUGAAUUGGAGAAACAACAUCUCUUGUUGAAAAUUGAGUUGCUUAAGAAAGCGCUUAAAGAUAGCUGAGUUAUGAAGAAAGCGUUGGUUUAAGGAUUCUUGUUUUGUUAUAUAGCAGACAGACCUGUGGGUAUCUCAGUGGAAGAGGCAUCGUGAGGGAAUGAACCUCCUCACGUCCCAACCGUCGUGAGAGACACUCCGCCUGGAGCGACCGCGCGAUGAUCUCCGGCCAGCCUAGCUAGUUACAGGGGCUCUGGCUCAAAAAGCAGGAGUAAGAAUGGGGUGAUUGUUAGUAACGUCUUACUCACGUAACUGUUUGACGAGGAACUCGACCAGUUUCAAGCCAUGCUAGAGGCUCAUAUUCAUGACGCAGCGACACACGACGCGAAUGGGGUGAAAGGUGUGAGUUUGUGUAUGUGUUUGUGACUCAAUCACGCCAAAGGAAUAACACAUAGGCUACUUUUUAUCCCACGGGAAUGUGGGCGAAGCCGCUGGUAGAAGUUAGUAAGGAUAAAUACUGUACUGUAGUAGCACGGAGUCUGGAAUUGUGUCCAGUAUAUGGCAAUAGGCUCACCCCCUAUUACAUGGGACUUAUAACACAAAUGGUGGAAAGUGGGUGUACAUUGUAUAUGUGCCCUGCUUACCUACUGUCCUCUGUGAUGGACAUUAAAUUUUAAACAUUUAAUUGUAAUUUUAAUUCUGUCACGACAAUUUUGUGAAAUAAUAAUGUAUAUUUGUAAAUUUGA